AUGGCCCGCCGUCCAUCCCGCUGCUACCGGUUCUGCAAGAACAAGCCGUACCCGAAGUCGCGCUUCUGCCGCGGUGUGCCGGAUCCGAAGAUCCGCAACUUCGACAUUGGCCGCCGUCGCGCCACCGUCGAUGAGUUCCCGGUGUGCAUCCACGUCGUGUCCCGCGAGCUGGAGCAGAUCGCGUCCGAGGCGCUGGAGGCGGCCCGCAUUCAGGCCAACAAGUACAUGGUGAAGCGGGCCAACAAGGAUGUGUUCCACAUGCGCAUCCGCGCCCACCCCUUCCACGUGCUGCGCAUCAACAAGAUGCUCUCCUGCGCCGGUGCCGAUCGUCUGCAGACCGGCAUGCGCGGUGCCUUCGGUAAGCCCAACGGCGUGUGCGCCCGCGUCCGCAUCGGUCAGAUCCUGCUGUCCAUGCGCACCAAGGAGGCGUACGUGCCGCAGGCCUAUGAGGCCCUGCGCCGCGCCAAGAUGAAGUUCCCUGGCCGCCAGAUCAUCGUGACAUCCAAGUACUGGGGCUUCACCAACAUCCUGCGCACCGAGUACGAGGCUCUGCGCGAUGCCGGCAAGCUCGAGCAGCGCGGCAUCCACUGCAAGAUGAUCGUCCCCAAGGGCAAGAUCACGAUGCGCAACGUGAUGGCGUAA